AUGUCUUCCAAGACUGCAUCAUCAUUCGAACACGAGUCAUCAUCCAACUCGCAUCACUGCACCCGCCACUCUCAUACCACUCCCGUAUCAAUGCGCAUCUCAUCAGAUGAUGACUCCUGCUUCAACUUCAAUGCACCUCAGUGCUGCCACUGUGGCUGGCGCGGAUCCCACUCCCCAAGCUGUCCAUUCCGCUGA